CCGAUCAUACAGUUAUUUCCAAGAUUACUGGUCAUUCAUCAGGUACAAUCACAAGAUAUAUGCAAUUCUUUCGUGAAUUGGUGGUUAGUACACUUGAAGAUGAGGAGAGUGCUAUCGGUG